UCAGUCUUUCGUCCGCCUCGCGCAUCCUCAGGCCUCUUUUGACUCGGCUUGCAAAGAUGGCGGAUGCACAAACCGAGAGGGCUUAUCAGAAACAGCCCACCAUCUUCCAGAACAAGAAGCGUGUUCUGGCUGUAGAUGGUGGCAAGGAGGGCAAAGAAAAGCUCCCCCGUUACCACAAGAGUGUCGGGCUGGGCUUCAAAACCCCAAGAGAGGCUAUUGACGGCACUUAUAUUGACAAGAAAUGCCCCUUCACUGGAAAUGUCUCCAUUCGUGGCCGUAUCCUCUCAGGCGUGGUGACCAAAAUGAAGAUGCAGCGGACCAUUGUGAUCAGACGCGACUAUCUGCAUUACAUCCGCAAGUACAACCGCUUUGAGAAGAGGCACAAGAACCUCUCGGUCCACCUCUCACCUUGUUUCAGGGACGUCACAGUCGGAGACAUCGUCACCGUUGGAGAGUGCCGACCACUCAGCAAGACGGUCAGGUUCAACGUCCUCAAAGUCACAAAGGCUGCUGGAGCCAAGAAACAAUUCCAGAAAUUCUAGGUGUGAGAUGAUUCAGAAAUGUUGAUUUCUCACUGUUGAAUAAAGAAAACAUUGUUUAAAUGUU